AUGACGCAACCAGACUCGAUACGACGAGAGCUGAUGGAGGCAGGACCGGGUGGCCUGCCAGCCCGUCGCAUCCUGGCUGUCGUGACAACCGGCGGCUUUACGCAUGCAGGCAGGUGCUCGCUUACGCCAAUCCUGGAGGUGUGUCGGCUACUAGCAGCCCGUGGUCAUACGGUUGAGUUUGCCACUCUGGGCGGCCAGGAGUCGUGGGCCAGCGGCUGUCCGUUUCUAUCGGCCGUGCACGUCUUUGAUGGCCGCUGCCCGACAGACGAGCAAACAGAGGCACACUACCGCCGUAUGCUCGACUGGGACCCAAGCCAGGGCCUCGGCCCCAUCAUGCAGUCCAAGUACCUUUGGGACUCCUUUUGGACGGCCGAGUACGCCGGGCUGAAGCAGCUUGUUAACCAGUCGACACGGCCGCCCAACCUUAUCCUAGCCGACUUUUUUGCCGAGGCCGCUGCUAAGGACAUGAUGGUCCAGUUUGGCAUCCCUGUAGCCGUUAUGUGGCCGCAGAUGCCCUUUUUAAUGGCCCCGGUGCCGUAUAUCCCUGGCCAGCCCGGCUUCCAGGUUGAUAUGACCCUUACGUCCGAACACGCAUCUGUUUGGUCCCGGCUGCGCAACGAGCUUGUCGUCCUCAAGGCCCUGCCGGCUAUCCUUGCUUGGAUGGAAUGGACUAAACGCAUGCGCCGUGCUGCUGGCGUUACCUGGCGUUCGCCUGCUGGCCCUAAGCCUGGCUAUCUUAUCCUGGUCAACUCCUUCUUUGGGCUUGAGGUGCCUAAGGACCUGCCGCCUUUAAUCGCCCCUGUUGGCCCUAUCCUUGACGACGACUAUCCGCCGCUAUCGCCCCCUUUUGCCGACUUCCUCCGCACCCAUAACCGCACCCUUUAUGUCGCCCUCGGCACCCAUAUUCUAUUGCCUACUUCCUCCCUACACACUAUCCUCUAUGGCCUUAUACUCGCUCUCGACGCCGGUUAUAUUAACGGCGUUAUCUGGUCUAUCGGCCAGAAACUGCGCGACGCCUUUAACCGCUCUGCUUUGCUUGCCCGCUCUGGCCAAUAUUCGUCCAAGACUCUCUGUGUCGGUGACUUUCUUGACGGGAAGCAUGCCGACGAGUUCCUCUUCCCACUCUUUGCCCCUCAGCGCGCCGUCCUUGACCAUCCUCACUGUCGCCUCUAUCUUACCCACGGCGGCGGAUCGUCAGCCAACGAGGCCCUCUUCCACGGGACGCCCGUCUUAACACUCGGCUUCUUCUUCGACCAGCUUUGCAACAGCGCCCGUCUAGCCGCUGCUGGUGUCGGCCUUCAGCUCGACAAGGCUAACUUUAGCUCCAAGGAAAUAUGCGACAAAGUUGGCCGUAUUCUCGACGACGUCGUCGAUAGCAGGUCUAAUGGCCCUAUAACCCGCAAUGUCGAGCGUAUGAGGCGUAUCGCCCGUGUUGCCUCUCGCCGGAAGUACCUCGCCGUCGAUUUGAUCGAAGAGGUGCUCUACGAUGCCGAGCUUCGCUUCGAUGCCGACGGCCACGAACUGCGGCCUACGCACCUGCAGACGGCCGAUGCUCGCAUGUCGGUGUGGCGGGCUAAAAACUGGGACCUUUGGGCCCUUGGCCUCGGCUGUACCGUUGUCCUGCCUCUGGGCCUUGUCUUUGCCAUUGGUAGUGUUCGGGCCAAGAAGGGCGAUGUCCGCUCGAUUUUCACCACUGUCUUGAAUACUGCACGAGCCCUGCUUAAGGGGUCGCAUUGA